AUGGGCUCCUUCAAGGUGACAAUUGAUGAUUUGGGGCUCAAAGAGAUUAAGCUAAACGACCGCCAUUUCACCUGGACCAAUGAGCAAACCAACCCCACAAUGACUAGGAUUGACAGACUUCUUUGCACUCCAGAUUGGGAGCUGCUCUUCCCAUCGUGCUUUCUCCACUCCCUCCCAUCUCUCAUGUCAGACCACACACCACUGCUACUCCACGGCGCACUUGAUCAUUUCAACAACAAUUUCUUCCGGUUCGAAAAUUUCUGGACCAAGAUGGAAGGCUUCCACGAAGUGGUGCAAACUGAAUGGGGGAAACCACUCAACACCAUGCUACCCAUCAAGCGUUUACACAUCAAAAUGGCUAGACUUGCAAAGGGCCUGAAGAAAUGGUGGAAAGAGAAAAUAGGAAACACAAGACUCCAGCUAACCAUCACCAAAGAGGUCCUCCUUCAGCUAGAAAUGGCACAAGAACUCAGGCCACUCUCAGAUCAGGAGAACGAACUUAGGAAACGCUUAAAAGCCCGCAGCACCGGCCUGGCUGUAAUUGAGAAGUCACGGAUGAGGCAGAGGUCCAGGCUUACCUAUAUCCGCAGUGGUGACGCCAACACAAAAAAAUUUCACAUGAAAGCCAAUGCACGCCGGAGAAAAAAUUACAUUCACUGUCUACAAAAAGAGGGCUUGAUUGCUCUUCCAAUAUAUCAGUAA